CAUACAUACAUACAUACUCUAACACAGUGAAGAAACUGCCAUUCUAUUUCAAGCGGUUUUCCAAGAACUCAAGAAGAGAAGAGAUUUGGCGUCGAGUAUAAUCCCGAAUCAAGAAUCAAAUCCAAUACCUUAUUCACAGAAGAACCCUUUUCCAUGAUGCCAGCCUCAGAUGGUAGUAAAUCAGACAAACAAGAUAUGAAUCCCGGAAAAUGUGACCUCUCAGAAUGUACUUCUGGUUCAAAAAGUGAAACCGACAAAGAAUCUGUUCACAACUACCCAGAUUAUAAUGGAAAAUUUAGUGAGUUGGAUGACCAGGGGUAUAAUACAAGUGCUGGCGGUGGGUUUCAGUCUGAUGUUUCUAAUGGAUCAGAAGCCUUGCCAUGUUACAUUGGAGAUCUAGCUAAUGAAAUGUCAAAAUCUUCGAUAAAUAAGAUUGCUUCAGUAAAAUCGAAUGGUUUCAACUCUGUUACUACAUCCUUGAAAUCAAAAUCUCAGCAGUCUCCAGUCAAGACCAAUUCUUCUGAAUCUAUGAUGGAAAGCCACCCACCACUUAAGACAUGGGGCAAGGUUGGUUCGGGUGAAGGUUCUCAAUCUGCUGAUUCUAAUAGAAACUUCAGUCAGUUGGAUGACCAGGGGUAUUCAGAUACAAUUUCUGAGGGCAGUUCUGAUGCAAAUUAUGGAUCAGAAGCAUUGUUAUGUUGCUCUUCUGAUCCGCCACAUGUUGAAGAUUUAGCUGAUGAAAAGUCAAAAUCUUCGACACUUAGGAAUGCUUUGGUAAGCUCGGAAAGCCAAUGCAGACCACUCAAGACAUGGAGCAAGAUUGGUUCUCGUAAAAGUUGUGUAACUGCUGGUAAGUUUUCAUCAUUCACCAGCCAAAACCAUGUUAAAGGCUCUCAACAACCAGCUGAUAAAUCUCCACGCCUCAUUAGCCAAACCCCAGUUAAUGGCUCUCAACCCUUUCGUAAAUAUCCACUACUAAUCAGCCAAACUCCCGUUAAAGGCUUUCAAAACGCUCGUAAGAUUCCACCAUGGACCGGCCAAAAUCAAGGAAACUUCGUGCAUAAGAGUUCCAUGAACUACAGACCAAACCAUAAAGCCUCAAAUGAAAACAUGAAGAAUAAGCAGUUUGAUGCUUCAAAGGAUACAACUCGAGGUCCAAGGAUUCAGAAUACUAGUAACCAAGGAAACUUCGUGCAUAAUAGUUCCACGAACUACAGACCAAACCAUAAAGCCUCAAAUGAAAGCAUGAAGCAUAGGCGGUUUGAUGCUUUAAAUGAUAUAACUCGAGGUCCAAGGAUUCAGAAUACUAGUAACCCUACAAAUUUGAAACCAAAAGAUACCCUGGAGCUUACCCUUGAUAGAAACAAAUAUAACCGCGAAGAUUUUGUGACAGAUUACCCUGAUGCCAAAUUCUAUGUAAUAAAGUCUUACAGUGAAGACGAUGUUUAUAAGUGUAUCAAGUAUGACGUUUGGGCGAGUACACAUUAUGGAAACAAGAAACUGAACGAUGCUUUUCUAGAUGUGAUGGCAAAAUCAAACGAAACCUGUACCAAAUGUCCUCCUACCUUCCUCUUUUUCUCUGUGAAUGGGAGUGGACAGUUUUUGGGUGUUGCUGAGAUGAUUGGACGAAUCGAUUUUAAUAAAACCAUGGACUUCUGGCAAGUUGACAGAUGGAACGGUUUCUUCCCUGUUAAGUGGCAUGUACUCAAAGACAUCCCUAAUGCAAAACUCAGACACAUCAUUCUUAAGAACAAUGACAACAAGGAUGUAACUUUCACUCGAGACACUCAAGAGAUUGAACUUGAGCAAGGUAUAGAAAUGCUGAAGAUAUUUAAGAACUACGAGGGAAAGACAUCAUUACUAGACGAUGUAGAAUUCUACGAGAAUCGCAUUAAGUUGGCCAGAGAGAAAGCAAAGAGUAUGAAGAAGAAAGACCCAGAAUCAGAAACUUAUCGAGAUUUUUAUGGAGAGGAUUAUCAAGAUUAUGGAGAAGAUUAUAAAGAUUAUGGAGAAGAUUAUAAAGAUUAUGGAGAGGAUUUUCAAGAACAUGGAGUGGAUUGUCAAGAUCAUGUAGUGGAUUGUCAAGAUCAUGGAGAGGAUUAUCAAAAUUAUGGAGAGGAAUUUUAGGUUGAUAAUGUUUUGUAUAGUUUGACAUUAGACUUGCUUUUUUUUUUUUUUUUCCUUUUGGUCAGCUUAUUUGCUUGCUGGAUAUGGACAAGUCUUUCCAAUUCCAUUUUCAUGUUGGUUCUUGUUUGUUUUGAUCUAAACAAUCUAAUGGAAUUUAGUUAGUAUAUUUGAA